AUGUUGGACGACACAUACUCACCCCAUAAAGCUUCGUCCGCCGGUGGAACCACUUUCGCAGCUCACAGCACAUCUGACCACCGCAUACUCACCGAAGAGCUCCUCGGACGUGUCGCGUACGACCAGGAUUCUGUCUUCGAGCGUCUCCGCAUAUUCGAACAGGACGCCACAGUCGUUGACCGCUGCCACGAACGUUACCAAGAAGAGCAGGCGCAGAAUCUCGAGGAGCUUGUCAGGCUCUCUAGCGACCGCAAGGUCGUCUCUCGCCGUGUAGGCCGUGGGGACGGGGAUGAAAAGAACAAGCAGGCUCGGAAGGUUAAGGAGAGCAAAGUCGAGGCACAGAUGUAUGGCCCUCUGCAAAACAUCUUCGACUUCCUGACUGAUUAUGACGGGCCGCAGGACGUGCAGCGUCGGUUUGUCAUGGCUGCCAAUAGUACGCACCGUUGGGAUGCCCCGGAGUCAGCGGAAGAAGCAUACACCCCCGGUUUCGCGAACUUACGUCCCGACUUCGAUCUUGUCAGCGGCGAGUCUGUCGCGCACUCUUGGGACAGUUACCUCGGGUUUGCCGAGAUCAAGGUCGACCCGGCUGAGAACACACCGCCCAAGGAUUUACAGAAAACGGUUCAUAAAGCUAUCUUGCAGUGCGCGGACUACGCGCGCAUCCAUCUCUCCUGCCGGCAGUUCUGGCUGUUUUCGGUCAUACUCCUGAUUACGGGCACGGACUUCCGAGUCAUGAUCGUGGAUCACGGCGGUGUCCUCCUCUCUCCUCUGCAUAGCAUCAUUGAUGACUCCGACCCCGGAUCGGAGAACCCACGAGAUGCGAGGACGUUCGUACGGGUCGUCCGCGCGCUCACACGUCUGUUGAGCGAUGCCGCUCUCGGGAAGGAUCCUUCCGCUUCCUCGAUCACUCGUCGAGAGUUGGAGGGCUAUGUGGCACGAUCUGGCAAGGACCUCUCACCCGAGCUCAGAGCAAGGAUCCUUCCUGACGGCGAUGGAACCCGCUUCCCCUCAUACCUCGUUCCGUUCGAAGACUCCGGCAGGAGAACGUGGUGUACCAUAGGUCCGCCCAUCUGGGUGUCUUUGUCGCUCCUUGGCCGAGCUACGACCGUGUGGCGCGUGAUCGAGGUCGUCUAUUCGAAGAAAGGCCAGCGUGCAUUCGCCGGCCGUCUUCAUGUCUUGAAGUCAUCGUGGCGUGACCCCCGUCGAUCGCGCGAGGCUGACAUAUAUGCAUUGAUCAGUACCUUCGAAGACUGUCCGGCGGGAAUACCGCGGCUUGUAUGUGGCGGUGAUGUUACCUAUGAGGUUCCUCCGACAAUCAGGAAGCUUACGACGGCGGCAAUACGUGGUGCUGAGGAAGGACCCGAGUCGAGGGUGCUUCAUCGGAUCAUCCUCAAUAUCGUUGGCGAACCUCUGUGGAGGUAUACCGAUGAGCUCCAGCUGCUGUGUGCCUUCCGUGACAUUGUGCAAGUUCACCAGUACCUGUACGAGAAAGGAAUCCUCCACCGUGACAUCAGUCCUGGUAAUUUGUUCCUCUGGAUGGGCUCUGCAGAAGCUGCGGGUUUCCUGUCCGACCUCGACAUGGCACGUGUGGAUGAGUCUGCGCUUGGAUACCAGGUACACCAGGAAGUUGCGGAACCCGUUCUGAAGGCCAUUGGCCCAACUGGUGAACGCAUCAUGACACAGCCUGCUGUCCGCACGCACAUCAGGUUCACAGAAAUGAAACCUCGUGGUAUGCCUAUCACGGCAAGUGGUACACUUCAGUUCAUGGCUCUCCAGCUACUAGAAGCAAUGGACAACAACGAGCCAAUUGAACAUACAGUGGUUCAUGACCUCGAGUCCAUUGGAUAUGUUUUUGGGUACUCAAUCUUGCGACGUCUCCUGAUUCUUCCGCGGUACCCUGGAGAACUCGCAAAGGUAUUCAAGGACAUUUUUGGCGCCAUGGAAGUGCGGCAAAUUGCUCUGCAGCGAACGCGCAGGCAGCCCCUGUCCUGGAUUAUUGUGGUCAAAGGUGCUGAUACAAAGGACUUCAUUAGACAGCAUCUCUCUGCCCCUGCUGCUGAGGUGAUGACACAGCUUAGAUCGGCCAUCCAGACUGCUCAUGAGGCACAUGAGAAGAAUGACCUGCUCCAGCUCUAUCCUGGUCUGAGAUUAUCCUCUCAGGCUGGCAACACCAAUGCAUUUUGCACUCAUGCAUACUUCCUGGAUGUUCUCAAUAAAGCCAUUGAGCAGCUGAAGCAAACUCCUUCAUCAAUGAAGAGUUUUGGGCCUGCAUCUCAGUAG